AUGGUGCCCUCCGUGUCUACCCCCACCGCCCAUCAUCGGUCCUCCGCCCAUGCCGCCCCCUCCCAUGCCGCCUCCGCCCAUACCCAUACCUCCACCGCCGUAGCCGCCUGGGGGCCCCUUUGCGAAAGUAGAUCGGAAGACGAGAGAACGUACCAUGAUGAUGUGGUUUCGUCGAAAGAACAAAGCCGCCCCCUCGACCCCUUCUCAGCCCUCCCCGCAGAAAUCCUCUCCCUCAUCUUCACCUUCUACAUCUCCUCCACAAUCCCUGGCAGCAAAGCCUUCACCGACCUCCUCUGCCUCAGCCGCGCUAUCCACGACCAGAACGUCAACAGAGCUUACGAAAAGAUCAUAUUGACGAGAGAAAAUGUAUUGGCCUUCUUCCGGCCUUGGAGGGAGUGGUUCGAGAAAGCUCAGACCGAUUUGAGAUCGCAAACCAAGGUGGAAAGGUCCGUCACUGUUUUCGACAUCUAUGUCAGAACGUGGCUGGCGCGAGAGGCGGAUUCGGAUCGAAGGAGAAGCGUCACCAUUGUCGAUGCCUACGCUCUGCUCGAGGUUGCUCGAUUCCUGCACAAUUAUUAUUGGUCGCCGGUCAAGCAAGCAAGAGUCCGAGCAAGAGGAAGGGACUAUAAACCAUCACCCCAAUAUUUCUUUCGGCAUCUCCACCAUCUCGCCUUUCCCGCUUCUAUCUUUGACGGUACGCCCGUCUCUCGGAUAGCUUGGGAGACAUAUGGUUCCAGUUUUUUUGUGAACGCCCGUCACGUGUGUAUCGAGAUGCCUUUCACGAUACUGCCCAAGAUAGUAGUUGAUACACUGCAAUCCGUGUUGGUUCAUCAGAGCCCUCAGCCUGAGACGUUGACGGUGCUUAAUUGCUUCUCACCCUACGACAUACUCUUGGUGGGCGGGAUCACAUCUAGCCUCCAGGUUGAAAUUUUCUUGCGGAGUCCGAGGGAUACUGGAUUGGAUCAGAUGUCUGUUGAGGAUAUAGAACAGUCCCAGGAAAAAGGGCUCUGCGAAUACUUUGAAGAUGUUUCAAAAAAAAAGGGUACACAUGCUAUCUUCAUCGCCACACGAGCAGAUUAG